GCCGCAGCUGUCCGGACUCGAGAAAGGUCCACGCAACCCCCUGAAGAUGCAGUCAUGAUUUUACUGUCGCCUUUCGUACUAUGACAUCUAUGCAACUGCAUGGUUUUAUUUUUUCCCCUUAUUCAUGUUCCAUGCCGUAUAAUCUCUGAGCACCCUUACCAUAUCUAUUUGCUCGUCAGCGAUCGAAUAUCUGAGCAUUAGCAAGCGAUCAUGGCACACAUGGAUGCGGCGGCCGUAUGGAACCCGGCUUUCAGGUCGAAUGAUGAUAUCCCUCCCGUGACGACUCCCACCAAUGACCUCGAGAUCGACACCGCGAUAGAAGCCACUACCAUACCUCUUGGCUCACCUAUGGAAACUCCUCAUGACGUGUCCUUUGGCGACGUACUUUCUCCGACAACCGACUAUACUAACGGCACUCAGGAAGCGACAGCGUCAGAUGUAGGCGGGCCCGGACCUUCCACGAGUGACGAUCAAGAGCCAACCCAAGAUAUAUUGGUCGCAGGGUCACAUGUACACGACACACAAGAAGAACUGGUUACCGCAGAUGGCAAAGUCAUUGAACCAACGGAAGAGUCAGUCGGUGAAAAUGGAGACGCGACCAUGAACAUACACAGUAACCCGGGCGGAGAACAUGUCGCAGACGCCCAGCCAACGAAAACUGGUGAAGAAGAGACGCAAGUGCCUGAGGGAAAUAUCAAUGAGACGGUAGAGUCAGGCAACAUCACGCCCACAGGUCCCACUGGUGCAUACCGUGGAGACGAGCUUCCGAGCACCAAUGGCGGGAUCCAGAGCAGCCAUGAUAUCUGGGGAAGCCCUGCUCAAGAGGAACCUGACGAGGAUGACUUCUUUAAUCAGCUGAAGACGCAGACAAAGCCGAUAUAUUUUUCGCCGGAGACCGAAACUAGGUUUGAAGAAGGCGUGCCGUUGUUGAAUAGGGGUAUUGAUUCGUUGAUCGGGCCCCCCCAGACCGUGGAGAGCCGAAUUGAUAACGUUUUAAAAGACGAUGAAAAUGAUGAAGAUGGGGUUUUUAAGUCUGUGCCAGAUACGACUUCCCAACCGAGUCCUGAAUCUCAUAUUACUCGCAAAAGCACGUUUCAAGUAUUGGAUUCGUUAGGUCUAUCACAAGACUCCACGGUCAAUGCUGUCGACCCGAGCGAGCAGGGAUUCGAAAGUGUUUUUACCGCAGCAGACCCACAGGAGUCCUCAUCUCAGGCUCCUGAUCCGAACGAGCAGGAAUUAGAGAGUGAAUUGGCCGCACCAGGCUCACAAGAAUUCGCAGCCAAUGCAGAUGAUUUGAGCGAGCAGGAGUUCGAACAUAUUUUGUCUGCAACUGGCCCAGAGAAGUCUGGAAAUGCUGCUGAUAGAAGCCACCAGGAAUUCGAAAGCGCUUUAGCUGCGGCAGGUCCACUGGAGGUUUCAACCAAUCCUGUCGAUCAGAGCAAGCAGGAGCUUCAGGGCGCUGUGGCUACAGCAAAGUCACAGUUCCCAGUUGAUGCUGUUGAUCCGAGUGAAAAGGAGUUUGAAAGUAUUUUUGCUGCUGCAGGCUCACAGGACAACAUAAUCAGGAGCUCCUCGGACGAUGAUCUGGCCGCGCGCUGGCAGGCUGAGCUGUCUGAGUCUGACGAACCCGCCAAAGGCCUACCCUCGGAAGACGAGCUCGCAGCUCGAUGGCAAGCAGAACUCGAUGACGAUGAUGAUGACUUGCUUUUCGGGGACGAAUCGGCCGGAGGCUCUAAGCAACCGAGCUUUCAACAAUUGCUUGGGAAUCCUGCACCGUCUGCGCAACCGAGUCUGUCAAGUCCCUUUGGCACACCAGAGAACUCCGGUAGACCCAGAGUGCAGCAAAGCUCCUAUGUGCCACAUCAGCCAUCCACUUCGGAUUUGCUCGAAGGGAUACCUGCAACGUCGAUUGGCUACUUUGCGCAACAACAGCGCCCAACUGCUGGUACGAAGAAGGCCGAAAGUUUCGCUGAACGUGCGAAGGAAGGUUACAGGUCACCUUACGAUCUCCCUGAUGACCUCACUCGGCCUCGUCGACCUGUUGUUGCCAACAGGGCAGUCGUUACGCAACCUGGCGUCCCACCGCCGCCCCCGCGAAGCAAUAGUCUUCCAGUCCCUCCACCGAAGGCAUCAAGUUCAACACCUUCCAUGCCCACACCUGGGACAGCGUCAACUACUACUGCCCCUGCAGCAAAGAAUUUCUUUGAGGAGCUUCCUUUACCACCGCCUCGCGCACCUUCUCGCCCGGCAAGCACGGGGCGAUAUGCACCUGCUCCCAUUGCAGGGCCAGCAGCUCCAUCUUACUCAGCGCCUCCGCCACCAGUCAAUCCGUAUGCUGGCGCCCCCCCUCUUUCUCAGCCAAGCGCCGACUUUCCCCCCCAGUCCCAAUUAGAACAACCUCAAAGAAUAGACCCAUAUGCGAAUCUUUUAACCCCAAGCGCUUCUAGUGGCACAUCUGCCCCUCUCGCCGCAUCGAGAUACUCGCCGAAGCCACCGAACUUGCAAGAUGGAGUCAAACCACCGGCCUCUCCAAAAUACUCUCCAGCGCCUCCACCAGCCGGAGCUCCCCCGCCUGCUCGCAAUCGCUAUGCUUCACAGGCUCCUAGCAACCCUGGUCAAACCGUCACACUCCCGUUUCAGCCCCGUACUUCCAGCCCUCUGGCGUAUCAUGAGAAGGUCUCCUAUCGACCCCAGCAAGGAUUGGAAAAGCGGUCAUCCUUGGAUCAUACGGCUUUCCCUCCCGCCAUUAGUGUGCAAUCUCAACCUGACCCUGCUCUCAACCCACUUUUCACACCUGGUGAAACUGCUAUCGAAGCCACAAUCACCGGCCUUGACGUAAGCGAAGAGAAAGCUAACAUGCAAUCAACGUCUCCCCCAAGAAAUCAAUACGCCCCAGCCGAAUAUGUCAACGAAUUCACUCAGCGGAUUAAUCCAGCCGUUCAAGACAACGUACCGCCAAUUUCUACACCCGCAGUCGACGAGCCUCCAUUUAUCCCGCCUCGUAGAUCGAUGACACAAUCGCCUGGCCAACAAACACUUGGACCCCGUUUAUCUGUGCCAUCAGUUGACCCUCUCCAAAGGCCCGCCUCGGUUCAUGGUUCUGGCUCACCUACUAGAGCCGUGAAUCCCUACGCGCCAGCUCAAACUUCGCUACACAAUCGCGUGCCCUCUCAGCAACUGGAAUUUAUCCCUCCCGUGGACGAUCAGCAGUAUGAUCCCCUUGAACGCUGGAAAGGGGCACCGAUAGUCAAAUUCGGUUUUGGUGGCACAGUCUUGUCGUGUUUUCCCAAGCAUAUACCUCGGUAUACUGCUGGCCAGGUGGCUCCCAGGAUCAAGCCAAGCCCCGGGGAGGUGAAAACCUGCCAGCUCAAUGAUUGGAUUCCGCCCUCGGAAAGCAUUGUACGUCAUCCAGGACCACUCAAGUCCAAAUCCAAGAAGAAGGACCUUCUUGCUUGGCUUUCAAGUAAGAUAGCCGCUUUCGAGAAUGAAGGUAUGCCGGAAAGUGCUCGACUGCUCCCUGAUGGUCACAAGCGCUACGAUGAGAAGGUGCUAUUGUGGAAAGUUGUUCGUAUCAUGGUUGAGCACGAUGGCGCUCUGGAAGGCUCGUCUGAGCUCCAGAAGUCCUUACGCAGUAUCAUCAUCCCUUAUCUACAUAUUAAUGAGGCCGACGAAAGCUACGAAACAGGCUUUCGGCCAGUCAACGCUGCUCGUCCCAUCGAUGCGCCAUCUCGUCCCGAUGCUAGUGAUUCUCAAGCCAUUGAGUCGCUACGGAACAAUCUUCUCAUAGGAGAGCGCGAAAAGGCAGUCUGGGGUGCAGUGGAUAGUCGCCUGUGGGGUCAUGCAAUGCUUUUAGCUUCGACUAUGGAUCGUUCCGUUUGGAAGCAGGUCAUCCAGGAAUUCGUACGACGUGAAGUCAGAUCGACUUCUGGAACUACCGAGCCACUCGCGGCACUCUAUGAGAUUUUUGCUGGAAAUGUCGAAGAGAGCGUCGAUGAACUGGUUCCCCCGUCUGCAAGGGCUGGACUACAGAUGAUCAGCAAGGUAGACGGACAUGGGUCUUCCAGAAACGCGCUAGAAGGCUUGGAAAGCUGGCGGGAGACACUCGGACUUGUCUUAAGCAACCGGAGUGCGGAUGAUCAUCAAGCUCUUCUGGCUCUCGGGCGGCUGCUCUUGAACUACGGGCGUACAGAAGCUGCGCACAUUUGCUUCAUCUUCUCACGGGCGGCAGUAUUUGGCGGCGUUGAUGAUCCUAAAACGAGCAUAGUUCUCUUAGGGGUUGAUCAUCAGCGAUCUUCUACUUCUGCGCUGCGAGAUGAAGACUGCAUCUUGCUCACCGAAGCCUAUGACUUUGCCAACUCUGUUCUGUCGGCUUCUCCUAAGCCGCCGCUCCCCCAUCUCUUGGCGUACAAGUUGACAUAUGCUUGGUCUCUCGCCGAUCGUGGCCGUAAAGCAGAAGCUCAGCAAUACUGUGAUGCAAUCGCGGCCACCGUGAAAGCAACAACCAAAUCGUCACCGUAUCACAACCAACACCUGUAUUACGGAGUGGACGAGCUCUCAGCGCGUUUGAAGCAGUCAGCUAGCGAUGGUGGGUCGUCUUGGAUCUCAAAGCCCAGCAUGGAGAAGGUUUCUGGCUCAAUGUGGGCAAAAUUCAACAGUUUCGUUGCCGGUGAAGACAGCGAUGCUGCGUCCACUGAUCCUGCGAAAGGUGGCGAGGCUGAAAUAGGUCCGUUUGCCAAAAUAUCUGGCACACCUACCGUGAGCCGCUCGCCCUCCAUGUCGGACAUUUACGGAGUGCAACCAAGUCAUGGCACUGUCCCGUCACGCUAUCUGCCGAACAACCAACAUGCCCCAACUUCUUCACCUGAGCAAUUCCGUGGCAGGUCAUCUCUCGACUCACAGAGAUCCUCCUCUUACGGGUUUGGUCUUACACAGCGACGAGAAUCGCAGGAGCCUUCAACGCCAGUCGACAAUGGUCCAUAUCAGGCCGGAAUGUUCUAUAACUCUCCGCCGUCAACUGCAGGCUACCAGCAUACACCCCCUCAAUCUUCUUAUAUUCCUCUGGCACCGGUCGAGGAAGACCUGGUCUCUCAGCCCCAGACCAAGGCUUCGUUUGCUCCAGGCCCAGGUUCACCAAGUACCGUGUCUCCUUACCAACCCCCUGGGUAUGGAUCCUUUGGCCAGCCCCUCCAUGAGACUCCAUCUGUUGUCUCUAAUGCGGAUGAGGGUGGCUACAUGCCUCCAGUUGGUGGUGGCGGCUAUGAACCGCCCGCAGAUUCCAAUAUUGCAUCUGAAUCGGAAAUGCCCGAGGAACAGAAUAAUGAAGAGCCUGUGAAGAAGAAGUCUUUCAUGGAUGACGAUGACGACGAUGAUAUAGCUGCUCGGGCCGCUGCAAUCCAGAAAGCGGAAAAGGCGCGGAAGGACCGUGAAGCAGAUGAAGCCUUCCGGAAGGCCGCAGAGGCCGAUGCCAAGCGGGCUGCACCCGCCAAGAAGGGAUGGUUCGGCGGUUGGUUCGGUGGGAAGAAAGAAGGCGAGAAUGCCGGAGGGGGCCCUAUCCGAGCGAAGCUUGGCGAGGAGAGUUCCUUCUACUAUGAUACUGAGUUGAAGAAAUGGGUCAACAAGAAGGAUCCCAACAGCGCAACUGCGGCUCGUGCCACGCCGCCGCCACCACGAGGAUCGGCGCCCCCGAGCCGAACCGCCAGCGGCAGCAGCGGCGCACCACCGCCACCUGCGUCAAGCGCAUCUCCGAUGCUGUCCGGUGCUGGUAGCCGUCCCUCAUCUGCUACAGGUGCCAAUCCUCCGCCACUUACUGGCAGCCCAGCACCACCGUCCGCCCUGGGUGUUGCGCCUCCAAUCCCGCGAUCGAUCUCUACUGGUGCCGCUGUUCCUACACCGCCCAGUGCUGGCCUAACCGCCCCUCCCCGGCCUGCGACCUCGUUGAGCAAUGCUAGCUCCAUCGACGACCUGCUGGGAGCACCACAAGCACGCAAAGGGCCUGCUGCCAAGGGGAAGAAGAAGGGGCGUUAUGUCGAUGUCAUGGCUAAAUGAUCUCCUAUUCUUUCGCCGCUUCACGUCCCGUACCUCAGCUUCGGACCUUAUUUCUGGGACAUUUUUCUUUUCAUUUACCUAAUACUUUUCUUUUCUCAUAAUGUCUAACGAUUCCUCUUUGUCGGACCCAUUCGCCAAUUCAUAUUCAUGCCAUUGGACGCGUCCAAGCUUUGUCUAGUGAAAGUCGUCGUUCAGUUCGCUCAGGGGAAAAAUAGCGUUGCAUGCUGUCUUCUUCGAGAGUCAACAUGGCCUUUUUUUUUUUCUUUCUUUCUUCAUGGGACGGGACGCUCUUUCCUGCAUGACUGGUUAAUUCUCGUGUAUAUUAGACGUGUGCACAUAUGAUUCUAGCUUCCGUCACCAUGUUGUUUGCUACCAAUUUACCAUUUGAUAUGAGAAUCGAACAACAUGCCUUUUCCGUGC